AUGUUGAGCGUUCCUGUUUUCACAUCGCUUGUGGCUCUGCUGGCAUGUUUUGCUCCCAACUCUGUCGCGGCCCAGCAAUACGGCCUUUCCAAUACAGCAGACACAUACCAUAGACUGGAGUCUUACCCACACGCACUUAAAAUGCCCUUCCUCGACAAGUAUCUUUCAUCACGCUUUUAUGAUUAUGGUGGAGAUACACUCAUCAAGUCAGACUCUUUCAUCAGACUCACAGGCGAUCGUGCUGGCGAGGCUGGCUGGCUUUUUUCCAAACUCCCCGCUAUGCCAGAAUCUUUCCAGAUCGAAUUUGAUUUCAAGAUUCACGGCCAUGGUACCACUCUUUACGGUGAUGGUCUGGCUUUGUGGAUCACCUCACACAAGGGCGAGCUUGGCCCUGUUUUUGGCUCAAAAGACAAAUUCCAGGGUCUCGGACUGUUUUUCGACACGUACAAAAACAACCGUCCCAACAAGGCUUUUCCCUACGUCAUGGCCAUGAUGGGCGACGGCAAUACCGAGUACGAUCGAGCUAACGAUGGUCUGGCAAACGAACUCGCUGGCUGCUCUGCCCGUGGUCUCCACAACCCUCGCGACAUUUCUCACGCUCGUCUUACCUAUGUCAAGGGAAAGUUCAUGUCUCUUGAUCUCGACUACAAGACCCCGGAUGCCGAGCCUCGUCAAUGGACCAAUUGUUUUGUCCUUGAGGGUGAAAAGGCUCAACUGCCUUCUACAGGUCUUUUCCUCGGUUUCAGUGCGCGCACUGGCCAGCUCACCGAGAAUCACGACAUUCAUCGUGUUCAAGUUUACUCGUUGCGCAACCCUCCUCAAACUUAUUCUGAUCUUCGUGACCACGACGCUGGAAUGUACACCGUUGCCAACGCCGGAAACAGCGGCAGCAGCAAUGGCAAGCGCUUAUACUCGCAAAAGUCUCAAUCCAAAGGCUCAUGGCUUGGCUUUUUUGGCAAAGCCCUUGGUGUGGUAGCUGUCAUUAUUGUUCUUGUGUUUGCCUAUGGCCUUUAUCUUACAAAGGUCAAGGACAAGCGCGAAAAGGCAAACAGAGACGCUUACUACAUGUCAUAUUAA